AUGACGAUGGACUAUGGGCCGCUAGCAGGCGGCUAUGGCCACGGGUCCAGCUCGCUGUCGCAUUGGAUCUAUCAAAACAUGCAGGAGGACAUCUCAGCCGGGAAAGCGCAGUUCCCCCCAGACUUUGGGCCUCCACCAGAGGCGCAGACCCGAGACCUUCGACCCCUGCCCUUCGGCUACGGCUUCGGCUCUGGGACUAUGGCCAAAUGGCUGGCAAAGAAAGCCAAGGAAGUUUACGACGAGAGCCCAGAAGAGUUUGAGGGCAUCCGCGCCUCACUGGAGAGGGGCGGACGACGAGACCUGAGACCGAUGGAAGUGAUUCAGUGA